AUGGCUUCAUCAAUGGAGUAUGCAGGUGGAAUGGGAGAACCGCUUUACCGCUACAACGAGACAACGUUAGUGUUGAACGAACGUAACAGCUACAAUGUGAUGAUGUUUGGGUCGAAUGAGUACGCUACGAUGAUUCCUGGUGGUGUUUUCAGAAUCAGCAUUAAAGUUAAUCAUAAUAUGCGUAGAAGGCUAUUACUGUAUAGCCCUGCCAGUUCCAUACCUUGCCAAAGCUUCUUCCAAGAGGGUAAAGAUUUCUUGCGGACACUGUUGGCGCCACUGUCGCCAAGACUCUUCUGCUCUGUAAUUAUUGAUGAAAUAGUGGAGUUGAUCGCUUCUGAAGUUUGUAAUCUCUUCCAAGUAGAUGCUGCUUCCGCUUCUGCUUCCUUUUCUUCGGAAUCUCAACCCCCAGAAAUCCCUUUGUGGAUUGUAAUUAGGGUUUCUGAUACUGGCUUUCUUGCAUCACUACAAGAUUUCACGACGCUUCGUUUGGAAACGGUUCCAGCAUCGAAAGAAGCCAUUGAAACGUUGUUGAAGAAUUGUAGGGUUAUGGUAGCGGGUGAGUGUUGUUGUGUAUGCUUGGAAGAGUUUGAUGUGAAUGGUGAGUGCCAUAGAAUGCCAUGUCAUCACUCGUUUCAUCAACCUUGUAUAGUCCACUGGCUGCAAACCAGUCACACGUGUCCAUUAUGUCGCUACCCUUUGCCAACAAUGAACUAG